AUGCCUACCGAAGCUGGUCAUAGACAUUCCUUCCAUAGGGGUCGCCACCUGAGCUACCAACGCUCCAGGCACGCCGUCCACUCCAAGACCUCUCUCAUCAAGAUUGAGGGCGUUGACGACACAAACGCUGCCAACUUCUACCUUGGCAAGAAGGUUGCGUACGUCUACCGUGGUCAGAAGGAGGUUCGCGGCACCAAGAUCCGCGUUAUCUGGGGCAAGGUCACCAGACCACAUGGCAACUCCGGCGUCGUCCGCGCCAAGUUCCAGACCCCUCUCCCCGCUAAGUCUUUCGGCGCCUCGGUUCGCAUCAUGCUCUACCCCUCCACCAUCUAA